AUGAAUUCCGUCGCCGGGUUUUCCACAUCCGGUCCCCCCUCUUCCGCUGCCAGCGUCACAGAUCUGGACGGCUACACUCUCCGAGAGGGCCUCUUCAACUCGUACGGACCCACCGAGGAAGAUGAAUUCGGGUUCGAUCCUCCCGAGCAGAAGACAUCUGCGUUCCCUAAAAUCGAUCAAAGCUACAGCCCUCCCGACCUGUCUUUGGGCGGCUGGCCCGGCUUCGAGCGCGAAGACGAUCUCAAGAACUCACAACACGGAUACAGUAUUGACAAGCUCAUUACACAGAAUCUGCCCAACACUGCGAUUUCAAUUUCGCGCUAUGGCCAGGUCACCCCCCCUCGAACAAACUCGACAGGUAGCGGUUCUCGGACGAUGCUCAACUCAGCAUCUGCGUCGCCCAAGUCUAGCUCUGUACCAGCGCGGAGAAAACGCUCAUCGAAAGCACAACUUAAAGAGUGCGAUGCACCAGCACCCACGCCUUCAGGUCGCAAGCGGAAAAGCACUCGCAAAGCUUCUGCCAACACUGAGGAGUACAACGGGCCGGACGACACAAAGCGCAAAGCUUCUCUUGAGAAGAAUCGCCUUGCUGCAGCCAAAUGCCGCAUCAACAAGAAAGAGAAAACCGAGCAACUACAGCGAGACUCGCACGAUAAAGCGGUCCAUAAUGCUUUCCUGAAAGAUCAAAUCAUGCACAUGAAGGAGGAAAUUCAACAGAUGAAUGCCAUGCUACUCGCACACGCCAACUGCAAAGGUUGCAAAUCUCCCGACGAGAUCCAAAGUCAUCUUAGCCAACUCAGCAAUGAGUUUCUUGCCGGCCAGAUGUCUUCUCUGGGAGGAGGCAACUACGGCGACUACUCUCAGAUGGCAAUGGAUGGUGUGCCGCCUAUCAGCCAGGCGCCUAUGAUGAGUGAGAGCUAUUUUGACCAUGACCCCGCUCUGCUCAACCCUCCCCUCCCAGAUUUUGAUCGGACAGCCGAUUUUGAGGUCCAUACACCUAUGCAGACCGAUUGA